UCGGAAAAUGCUUUCUUCACUCGCUUCCCGCCGUUUUCCUCCGUUUAUUCUCUCUUUCUCCGAAGUCCUCCUACCGCCGGGGAAUCUGUUAUUUUCCACCAAAACAGCCGCUCCCAUUUCGGAGCUCGAUUGCAAGUUCAACAGCCCGGAGCGUCGCCCGGUACAAACUAAUUUCGACCCUUCUACUGUUCGCGAGGCGCUCGAUUCUUACUGCAACGACUGGCGGCGUUCGUUUGAGUUUUUCAACUGGGUCGAAUCAGAAUGUAAGUUCGAUCACACCACCGAGACCUACAAUCGAAUGCUCGACAUUCUCGGUAAGUUCUUUGAGUUUGACAUUUCGUGGGUCUUGGUUCAGCGGAUGCAACAAUCUGCAUUUGCUUCGCCGGAUCAUGCGACGUUUCGAAUUUUAUUUAAGCGUUAUGCGUCGGCGCAUUUGGUUACUGAAGCAAUUGCUGCUUACGAGAGAUCGCGGGAAUUUAAAUUGAGGGAUGAGACUUCGUUUUGUAAUCUCAUCGACGCACUUUGCGAGUACCGACAUGUUGUUGAAGCUCAGGAUUUGUGUUUUGGUAAGAACAAGAAGGUGGACUGUAAUGCGAGUACGAAGAUUCAUAACCUAAUUCUUCGUGGUUGGCUUAAGAUGGGAUGGUGGAGUAAGUGCAGAGAGUUUUGGGAAGAGAUGGAUAAUAAGGGUGUUCGUAAGGAUUUACAUUCAUAUUCGAUAUAUAUGGAUAUUCAGUGCAAGAGUGGGAAACCAUGGAAGGCUGUUAAAUUGUACAAGGAGAUGAAAAAGAAGGGAAUGAAACUGGAUGUUGUGGCUUACAAUACGGUGAUUCAUGCCAUUGGGAUUUCAGAAGGUGUUGAUUUUGCGAGUCGGGUGUUUCACGAGAUGAAGGAAAUGGGGUGUAAGCCUAAUGUUGUGACUUGCAAUACGAUUAUUAAGCUAUUUUGUGAGAAUGGAAGGUUCAAGGAUGCCCAUGUGAUGCUUGAUCAAAUGCUUAAGAAGGAUUGUCCACCUAAUGUUAUUACAUAUCAUUGUUUUUUCAGGUCUUUUGAAAAGCCAAACGAGAUCCUUAUGUUAUUUGAUAGGAUGAUUAAAUUCGGGGUUCAUCCAAAGAUGGACACUUAUGUGAUGCUUAUGAGAAAGUUUGGAAGAUGGGGGUUUCUAAGACCAGUGUUUUUAGUGUGGAAUAAGAUGGAGGAACUUGGGUGUAGUCCUAAUGAGUCUGCCUACAAUGCUCUAAUUGAUGCUCUUGUGGAGAAGGGCAUGAUAGAUAUGGCUAGGAAGUAUGACGAAGAGAUGGUAGCGAAAGGUCUUUCACCUAAGCUAAGAGAGGAAUUGGGGACGAAGAUGGUGAAUGGGGGCUAUCAUGCCAAUGUGAUAUGCAACGAGUAGGUAGUAUGUGCACUUCUUGGGGUUUGUAGAUGCAUCUGAUAUUGCAAUAUUUUAAUACCCAUAUUAAGAUGUUGCAAGGAAAAUUGAGGCUAGCAAGUGGGAUUUUGAUCUGGACAAUUCUGUUAUACUGAAAUUUGAGGGGAGAGACUAGUAGAGCAGAUGGUAACAGUUUGUUAAACAUCUGGUAAACUUGAUCAACAUGAUGUUAUUGGUUCAGUUCUAACCUAGAAAGUUGAAGUUUGCCCUUUCUUCCUGAAGACUAGAUAUAGCGGUGGCAGGCCAUUAUGAUGUCUGGAUGAAUUUUCAGUUUCUAAGAGUUAACGGAGCUUGCUGCAGAUGAUUUCUAAGAUUCUUCAUGUUGGCAUCAAAUUGUUGAUCACUGAUUAGCACAUACGUUUAACGAAUCGAUUGAGAACCGUAUUUUUACGCAUUGUUUUUUAAAGCUCGAGGUGCACUAUUCCACAGUAGUCCUCUAAAGCUUAAGCUCGAGGCGCAAAAAAAAGCGUGAGGCGAUAUUGGAUUAUCUCCAAGUUUGGGAGUUGCUGUACUGGGAAAUCGGCAUGCAAGGCUUUCAUGGUCAUAUUGGUUCAAGAAAGUUCUGUAUUAUCAAGUUGCUCUUGCUUAUGUGUUUACCUGGCUGAUAAAUGAUAAUCAAUGUUUCACAGGUCAGCAGAGUAUCUUUAUUUCUGGGCCGUGCUUAUAUUUUCCUAUGAAAAAACAACUAUUUUGGCUUGUCUUUACGAGUAAAUUUAUAGCACUUUAAUUAUGUUGAAUAUUUAUCUAGAGAAUGCAGGUUUGGUGAAUGAAAUCUUAGAACAAAUUUAAAUA